CCUUAAACGAGAUACCCCUGAAUCAGAUGGCACCCAGCCUUGUGAAUUUGCGCCGAGGCUGUCAAAGUUGCUCAUCCUGAGCUGCUUCUCCUGCGCCGCUUCUCCUGAAGUGUCUAUCUCUCUGCCUCUGCUUCACUGCCACCGCUACGUACAAAAUUGUAAAUAUCUUCAAAGCUCAAUGCCACCCACCACUUUGCGGUGAGGCCUUUCCCCCCUCCGUGGUCCCAACACAGUGGUUCCCAUGGGUGCCAAAAUGAUGCCAAUCUUGAAUAAUUGGGCCCCGGGGUCCGAGCAAUUUACCAUCCUUGGUGGCUUGGCCAGUUGCUCCGGUUCUCGUGGAAGCGGCCAAGCCGCACGAGGCCACAGCCUUACGGAUCGACGAGGAGCGGAGACCGUAUAUUUGUCAUUCAACCAGCCAACAGUCAGGGGGUCACUGGGCCAAGUCGGUGGGGUAAGGCUAUCCCAGCAAGCCAGCAUCCCCGAAUCCCAGUUAAAAACCCUCUCUCAGGCAAGCUUCUCCCACCGAAUCCACCGAAUCCACCCAAACCACGCCAUUCACGCGCCGCCCCCAGCAUCAUCAACAACGACCUUCCUUCUUUUGGGUUGAAGCCCAGUUGGUAAAUCCAGGCUUGGCAGGAUGGCAGCACUGCAGCAGCCCCUUCCGCAGCCUUUUCCCAUGAGUCGAUUGUGGCUUCUCCACCUGAGGUCCCCCCUCUGCACAAGGCAUCCUGGAUCCCUUCUACCCGCUGGCCCCUCCCCUGCUUAGCCUCGUCCCAUCACCCUCUCCUCCGUUGCUCCCCAAUCAGCACCAGUGCGCGCACAAUGCACCCUCUCGAAACCCGCGCGGUUAAAUAAUCCUUGUCUUAACGCACUCGACGCCAAUCGAGAGGCGGCUGCGCAAAGAAAGAAGACGAGAUAGCAAAGGCUAGCAGGGAUGCGAUUCCUGAUGCGUUCAUCUCCC